CCAGGCUGGGAAGGAGCCGGAAGUCUGGUGGGCUGCGGACAUCGAGAUGGAGGAGGGCGAGUACGAGUCGGUUCUCUGUGUCAAGCCGGAGGUGCACGUCUACCGCAUCCCUCCAAGGGCUACCAACCGUGGCUACAGGGCUGCAGAGUGGCAGCUGGACCAGCCAUCAUGGAGCGGCCGGCUGCGGAUCACUGCGAAAGGGCAGGUGGCCUACAUCAAACUGGAGGACAGGACCUCAGGUGAGCUCUUCGCUCAGGCCCCGGUGGACCAGUUUCCUGGCUCGGCCGUGGAGAGCGUGACAGAUUCCAGCAGGUACUUCGUUAUCCGCAUCGAAGACGGAAAUGGGCGACGGGCGUUUAUUGGGAUUGGCUUUGGGGACCGAGGGGAUGCCUUUGACUUCAACGUUGCAUUGCAGGACCAUUUCAAGUGGGUGAAACAGCAGUGUGAAUUUGCAAAGCAAGCCCAGAACCCAGACCAAGGCCCCAAACUGGACCUAGGCUUCAAGGAGGGCCAGACCAUCAAGCUCAACAUUGCGAACAUGAAGAAGAAGGAAGGAGCAGCCGGGACUCCCCGAGCCCGGCCUGCCAGCACAGGAGGACUGAGCCUGCUUCCCCCUCCCCCAGGAGGGAAAACUUCCACCCUGAUCCCUCCCCCUGCGGAUCAUUUGUCUGUAGGGGGCUCUCUUGUCCAGCCAGAAGUUGCUCCCGGGUCAGGAGGGACCACUGUGCCCUGGCCCCAGCCCAAGCCUGCCACUGCUGCCACGGCUGACAUCUGGGGAGACUUCGCCAAGUCCACGGGGGUGACCCCCAGCCAGGCCCAGCCGGGCACAGGCUGGGUCCAGUUCUGACUGAGCCCAGCUGUUUGUGUUUUCAUACAAUUUGGGAAAGGAGCCGCCUCGUCGGGGCCAGAGGAAGGAGGGCAGAGCACUCCCCGACAGCCUCUCUCCUCUCCUCCUCGCUCGACUCUGCCGGAAGACCAGGAACAUUGGGAAGUCCGUGGUCACCGUGUUGCACUGUUCCUGGGACUCAAGUGUGCAACCAGGACACAGGAGGAGAAACGCUCCAAGACCCUGUCCCUGCGUGUCCUCCUGACUCGAGAGAGACUCUGGGACUACUUCUCCGUCACAAUGACCCUGAAUAAACACAGGCCCCCAAAAGCAAAGAGGGGUUGAGUGUGCUGCCUGGCCUCUGAUCACCCCUGCUCAGGGAUGACAGGUGCCAUGGGGUCGCCCUUCGGAGGGGAGCUCCCUGCACUCCAAGUGCCUGUAGCUGCUCAUCUAGGCGCUUUCAGAGGAGGGCUUCCCUACUGGUCCCCAGCAGGCUUAGAGGCCGCGGCUUAGAGGGACAGUCCGAGUAAAGUUGGGAGUGUUAACCAGUUUUCUGAGAUUCUUAAUACUUGCUUUGCUAAUGUGCUGAUCUGUGCUAGCUUGUUACCUUUGCCAAAGGGACCCUUCCUGCCCUGGGCCCCAGUGGGGCCUCUGAAAACCUGUUUUUCUGUCGGCUGCAGGCGCCACCCUGGGCUCUGGGAAGCAGUGUUCACCUCGGCCACUUGGCCAGGUUCCCGCGUCUUCAGGCCAGGCAGGCAGUGCAGGGCCCAGACAGGUGCAGGAAGCCAGGAGGGACGGCCUGGGGGCAGGGAAGCGGAAGCCAUUCUUUGGAGGUGGGGACCCACUGGCAGCCUUGGGGAGUGGGGUGUUCUUGGUGGGUGUGAAGUGCCUUCUUUGCAGACAGUGCUCUCUCCUCCAGGGACUGACGGGAGAGCUCCGACUGAGCUCUUGGGGGUGCCUGUGUUGCUGGUUUAUAAGAAAGUAUUCUAUCUGAGCACGCCUCUAAACUUGCUUUUAUCCGUUUUACCUCUCAAAGAUUUCUGAAGGGUCAAUAUGAUGAACUGACAAAAGUAUUUGCCUUUUUUGUGGGACCAGAUUUCUAAGAUAAAAAAAUAAAUAUUUUUGCUUCUGUCA